AUGGCGAAAGUUAGCCAUCUUCCAAUGAGGCGCUACCCUUCUGAACAGCCGGCAACCCUUAAUGUAGAUCCAAUCAACUUCUAUCCACCGGCGAACGCAAACCACCAUCGGAUUGCGAAGUCCUCCGAUAAGGCCAAGAAAACAUGGGGCCAGCGUCUAAAGCUCAGCAAACCGAGCGCCAAUGAAGACAAACAGGGUGGUUCCGUGACCGGCAACUCGAGCGUCACUGCGUCCACCGCUCUCGUGCCCGCUGGCCGUGGUUCGGCGUCCCACCAGCACGGGUACGAGUCGCUGGACUUCAACGGGAACCCAACCAUCGCGGGACACUUGCCCAAUGCGCACACGAUGAAGUACGCGGAAACCUGGGUGUACGGGACGAUGCGCGGCAUGCCGCCCCCACUGGCCCCGAUGGCGCACCAUCCGCACCCACUCACGCACCUGUCGCACCUGCCGACGAUCUACUGUCCGGCGCCCGAGAUGGCCGUGCUGAUCUGCUGCUGCCCGGAGUACCUGAGCGGGACGAAGCGCGACGUCAAGAAGGCGACGGUGUGCAAGAAGUGCAAGGGCUCCCGGCUGCCGCUUGCGCCCAUCGGCGGUACGGUCCGGCUGACGUCCGGGGCCACCUACCUGGCCCCGCCGCCCCAACGCUCCAGCGCCGGCACCGUGAAGUUGGCCUCGACCUACGGCAAGAAGGCGCGCCCGUCGAUCCUCGGCAACGGCAACCCGGAUCCGUACGACUUUAUGCGCCGCUCGCGGUUAACGCAACCCCCGGACGGGGGUCCUUCGAAGUCGGUGAAGGCGGCCAUCAAGGAGAAGCUGCGGGGCCGCACGAAGAGUACGAGCCCGUCGCGAGGACUCAGCAAACGCGGAUCGGCGCGGUCACCGUCGCCCAGCAAGGGUAGCGUGAGGACGCCCCCGGCCAAGCUGUCCACGUUCCAAGACUGUUGGGUGGAGUCGGAACGCGACGAUGGGUUGAUGCGACCGAACGACCUGUCGUCACCGGCACCGCCGGCCCCGUCGAGCAUCGUUUCACCGACGAGCCGGAAGUCGAUCCUGCGCUGUGACGUCAACCCGUACGAUCUGAUCUCGCUGAGUGGCGCCGGCGGUGGCGGAGGUGGCGCCCUGCUGAAUGAAUUCUCGCCCAACUCGCCCUCGGAUGAGUUCGCCCCCGACGCCGAGUUCGACUUGCGUGCGGCCAAGUACGAGAACAUUCUCGACACCCUGUACGCCAACCGGUACAAUCCGGCGGCCAACAACAUCGCGGCAAUCAAUGGCCAAAGAAUCAAGCUAUUCGACGACUCACGGCCGGCGCCCGUCUACGACGAUGUGGACGAGUACGUGUACGAUCCGGUCGAGAUCGCUCCGAACGACGGUGCGGCGCUGGAGCUGGACCUGGGUGGCGUAGGGGCACCGAAUGGGAUGCCUGAGCGGCCACCGCGCACCAAAAAACAGCAGCCAUUGCUGCAGCAGUCGGUGUCGGAGGUCGGCAUGGUGGCCGGGUCUGGGACGGCGGUAACCAAAGACGACGACAGCCGUUCGCUUCCGGCGCAGAUCUCGACCGCCGGAGAUCCGGGGUCGCAAAGUGCAAUCAAAUCGAUCCUCAAACGCCCACCGUCCGCGGUGCCGGCGGCCCCAUGCUCCCCGGGCGACCCAUCCUGCCCCGGACUGCCCGGGUACGAUACGAUCCGCCUGAACCACACGCUGGUGCAGCGUCUUGCCAAGCUGACCACGGCGGCCGACGACGGUGGCGGCGGAACGUUUGGCUCCAAGACGGGUACGGUCAGUGCGCGGAACUUGCCAAAACCGGGCGCCGAUAAGCGCCACUCGCACCGUGGCUCUCAGUUCUAUCUUCCCACACCGUCCACGGAGGCCGAGGAGCCACCGACGGUAGCGGCGUCAGAGGUCGGUUCGACGACCACCAGCGUUUCCGGUGGGCGGAAGAAGGUCCAUUUUCUGGUCGAGAACGAAAUCAUCGACGACGACGAUAAGCUGUUUGCCCAGAUGCUCUUCACGGAGGUGGUCACGGUGAAUGGGAACGGGACCGUGAACGGUGGGGCCACCGUGGAACCGACGGACCAUCCGGAACAGCGGACAGCGAACGGAUGGGCGAGUGAAGGCAAAGGAGGUAUUCCCACGGCCCGUGUGACCGGUGUGGUCAAGGCAAAUGGCGGUGACAGCGAUGCACCCGUGGCCAUCCCGGCGGACCACCCAAAGCCGAGAGCCGUGGCGGCGGUUUUCCAGCGAAGUUCCAGCGGUCCAGUACGUCGAAGUUUCAGUGACCGGGCAUCACCGACGAAGGCUAACUCGGCCGACGGCGAGACUGCGGCCAAGGACACGAUGGCCCUGCGAGACCGGCGACCGGCCCGAACCUACUCCCGGGCGGCUUUCGAAGAGGAAACGACCUCCUCGACCACUUCCUCGUCGUCCGACUCGUCGAUUGGGUCGGUGGCUUCCCUGCUAGUGGCAGCGGGCGCAGCGGGGAAUCGAAUCCGCCCAAAAGUACCACCACCACCGCCACCGCCGGGGAAGGCAGCGAUUUUAGUGGCCACCCCGAGCCUUCCAAACGGGACUCACCCGGUGAACGGAUCGGCCAGGGAAUGUGAUGUUUACGAGGAUUUUUGCUUUAAUCUCAUCGCGUCGGCGGGCGUACGGCGAUCCAGCAGCGAUCGGAGCAGCUCCACGUCGUCCUCGUCUCGCACGCUGUUGCAGGUUGGUCAGACUGCGUGCUCGUCCCCGGGCGCUGUGUCCUCGAGUGGAGCAGUCCACCGGCUCGAGAUACGGCACGAUCCCGAACCGGACGAGGAUCAGUAUCAGAAGAAAACGUCCAUCCUGAUCACCGGUGACGAUUGCUACUCGACGGUCAACGUGGACGGGGCCAGCGACACCACGAUCUACCAGUCGUCGGUGGUCGUCAACGAUGGCGGAACGGCCUCCCCGGGCGAGAUACGACAAACCGCGUCGAACACCAUCACCAUCAGCGUCAGCUCUCCGACUUCCACGCUCCAGAACCGAGGAACUGGAAAGUUGACGCUAUCCUCGGACAUCACGCUGGACGGGCAGGACGAACUGAUAGCGAGCAACAAUGAGCGAAAUCUCAGCUACCAUGGAACCGGGGCAACCUUGGCGGGUGACACAUCGACGAUCGGAACCUCGAUAAUCCCGAUCGGAACGAACAGCAUUCUCCCUGCCAAAGGCACGCAAACGAACGGCGGCAGAACGUUGAUCAAUCUCGAUUACGAUCCUCAGCGGGACGGGCCGCCGUCUUCUGAGCCGACUCCUGCACAACAAUCGGUGGUCGUGGAGCGGAAGGACACUGCCUGCAGCCCCAGUCCCCCAGCCAGUCCGCCAGUUCCUAGCGAUUGCAACGAUUCCAAAGAGAAGGCCUGGGAUGCGCCCGAACGCGCUGGUCAGGAUCCGACGCGCCAGGUCACGACUCCGGUCGUGCUGCGGAGGGCACUGAAGCCGGCGUUGACCGCAACAGCUGACCCGUCCGGUAGCUUGCAGGCGAAGGUAUGCCGGAACAGCUUCAUCGCCCGGCUGCUGGAGGACGCCACGCUCAGCCAGCUAGCCGAGGGUCUGGAGUACGAGCUGGUCGCGAAGCUGGUCGAGAACUCGCUGCUGCGGCUAAAGGAAUCCCGCAACGGGCUGGACAUGAGCGGUACCAAAGACGAGGAUGACGUUUCGCGGCUCAUCGAGCAGUCGCUGCUGAGGAUCCAGGAGGAGCGCGCCAAGCAGCUGAGCGCUGCCGCAAAAGACCUGCCGAACGGCAGCAAGCGGAGUAGCGUCAGUUCGGGCAACAGUUACGGCUCGGCCGCCGCCUACGAGCUGAUGGAGUUCGAGCAGCUGGCGGAUCUGAGCGAUUGCUACCAGAGCUGCAGCAGCGAUCUGACGGUGGACGACGACCAGACCGCGACGUCACGCACCAAGUUCUACCAGAUGCUGGUGGACGCGACGCUGUCGGAGAUCGAGAUCAACACCACGAACGACGACGACGACGAGGGGGAGCACCAUUACGAGUCGAUCCGACUGAACGGGGAUCCGAUCUACGAGGAGAUCACGGACAUCCCGCCACCGCUGCCCCUGACGGCGCCACCGAUCGACGAUGUGGAUCUCGAGAAGCAGCGGAACGUGGGGCGGUCCAUCUUCGAGGGUGCCUCCAAGUACGACAUCCUGUCGUACCUGGUCGACGCCAAGGAGCGUGGCAUCGCGCAGGAGGAAUCGUACGGCGGUGGUGGAGGUGGUGGCUUUCAGUUCGGCAACGCUAGUGACAUCAUACUGGAGGAAGAAGAAUCGGAACCGAUCACAGAUCUGCGGCACCACCAGCGCCAAAUAUCGGACAUCAGCAGCCGGCUUAGCCACAUCUCGGGCAUUAGCGACUCGAGCGAGGACACGUCGAUGACACUGGCUGGCGGCGGUGGGCAGCGAUCGAAAGCGUCGGCCGAGAUCGAACGGAACGAUUCGGGCGUUGGGUCGGAGACGAGCAAGACUUCACGCAGCCGGUGGCAACAUCCGCUGGCGGGCUCGGGGUCCGGGUCGGCGCUGAUGCUGAACAAGAUCGCCCCGAUCCACCUGUGUGAGGACUGCGACGGGCCGGUGGAAACGCAGGUGACGGAGUCGGGCGUGAUGUACGCGCCGCUGGUCUGCCGCAAGUGUGGCAAGAAGCGGGCCGAGCGCAAGGAGAUCAUCACCGAGAUCGUCGAGACGGAGGAGAAGUACGGGCGCGACCUGCAGAUCGUGCUGGAGGAGUUCUACCAGCCGAUGCUGGUGGCCGGGCUGCUCAACCAGGACCAACUGUCGGCCAUCUUUCUGAACGUGGAAGAGCUGCUAGAGAACAACCAGUUCCUGGCCGAGCGGAUGCGGGACGCGCUCGACAUCGCGACCGAGCAGGGCGACGACGACCUGCUGACGGUGAACAUCGGCAAGAUCUUCCUCGAGGCCGCCCCGAUGCUGCACGCGUUCGAGAGCUACUGCGUGCGCCAGGGGGCCGCCAGUCUGCUGCUGGCCAACCUGGAGAAGGAGAAGGAACUGCUGCGGAUCUUUCUGCGCGUCUCGCAGAUGGAGAAUGCCGUGCUGCGGCGCAUGAAUCUCAACUCGUUUCUGAUGGUCCCGGUGCAGCGGGUCACCAAGUACCCGCUCUUGCUGGCUCGCCUCUACAAGGUGACGCCCGGUCAUCUGGAGGGCAAGGAACUGCUGAAGCAAUCGCAGGAAAAGAUCGAACUGCACCUGAACCACAUGAACCGCGAGGCCAAGGACGUGCCGACCAAGCUGUGGCGUCGCAUUUCCUCGUCCAGCCCGGGCCGCCGGUUGUCCUGCGAGCUGGACAUGAUAAACAUCAAGCUGCGCAAGAUGGCGGUCGACGUGCUGGAGUGGAACCACGAGGAGGUCCGGUUUGUGAUCGAGGGCCGGCUCCUUUUUACGCAGCCGAACGACGGGAACUGGAAGAAGAGCCGCACGAUCAAGCUGACCUCCAUCAACGCGCUGCUGGUGACCAACGGCAAGCCAACGGCCAGCUACAAGGCGGACCGGGCCCUCACGGAAACGCUCAGCUUUCCGCGGCACACCGGCAUCCGGGAGGCGUCGCUGUUGCUGGUCCGCGAGAAGGGCGGCCGCUACACGCUGCUGCGGGAGCCCCUUUUCCUCGACCGGUGCGUCGUCUGCUCCGAGCACGACUGGGAGGACUAUUUCGAGGUGCAGGAGAUUCUCUCGAAGGAGUCCUUCAUAUUCAAGGCUGAGGACGGCACGAAAACCAAACAGUGGUACGCCCAGCUGCAGUAUCACUCGCAGGGCAUGGGCACCUGGCGAAAGCGUCGGAAUGCGCUCGCCAACAUCAUGAUUAAUGGCAUGAUGACACGCACGUAGCGGAAACGUAACGUCCACCACCACCAACCACCGUCACCAGGAAUCCUUGGGGCGCACGAAAGAAGUAGAGCCGACAGCCUUGUACAGAUCGGGACUGACCGGGGCAAAAGUGGACAGUCCUGACAAGUCGGCCCCCGACGCUUCCUGAUGGGUCCGCGGUGGCCGAAGCUUGCUGGUCGCCCUGCGUGUGUGUGUAGAAACAAUGGGCAACGACACAACGCGGCCCUCGCGGAACUGGAUCGGUCCAAGAAUUCGUCCCACGGUCCAAGUUAUUUAUUCGAUUAGCAAGUCUUCUCGUGAGCUUUUGUGUCUGCUUGUUUUAAAUGAUAGGACCUCGUCUCGUCUGUUCCUGUUUUCGUUCCCAUUAUUGUUUACUAGUUUUGAAAUUGUACUCUCUCUCGCGUUAUUGCCGCCCGUUAGCACUUUAGUUAGCACCUUAAACGGUGGUUUAGAAAGCACUUGGAUUGUGAAUUUUAAUUUUCUUCUUAGUAACUUCGUUAGACUAGCCACCG